UAUUUUAAUUAAUCAUAAGGUUUAUUUAACUCUUUAGUCUUUACCAUUCCACAUGCCUUUGCCCUCACGCAUUGUAUAAUCCAAAGCUGUCCCAAAACACUAAAUCCAACUUCCACUAUUCAUCCCCCACAUCACUAUAUAUUCCAAUGCUCCCUCACUUUUUCCUAUUAUCCUCUCCCACUUUCUCCUUUUGUGUUAUGGGCCUUCUCCAACUUUCUUCUUUGCUAAUUAUGCUUGUUACUCCAUUUUCUCUUACAAAAUUAAUCAUAACUUAUAACCCAUGACAUUUAUUCUAUUUCUUCAUUUCUUCACACCACCACCACUUGACCACUUAUGGCAACUAUUUCUUCCUAUCACUCUCUCUUUUCUUGCAUUGUCUCUCUUUACACCAUAAUCCUCCUUUACUUCCCUCAUGUUUUCGUAAAAUUAUUAUUCUCUCCUCUUGUGGUCUCCACUCUAGUCCUCCUACUCGCCCUGUUGCGACUAGGCACGUCGCAACAACUUAAACAACAACAAAAUAAAAAAUUUGCCGAGGGUGCAAAGGCACCCCGGCUAGUCAUAACUAAGAAUGACUUGAAACCCAAGCCAAAGCCCGAACCCGAGUCUGAGCUAAAUAGGGUGGAAAUUGGCCCGAUACAAGAGGAAUGUAACAUCGUUAAAGCCCGUUCUACAAUUGAGCCCGGCCCGAAACCGGAACAUCCCGAACAUGUAACGUGUGAUCCAGGUCAGUUAGUUGAGAUUAUUGAUUCGUUUUCCAAUCAUGACCACAAGAAGGAAAAGGGUUGGGCUGGUUGGGAGAGUUUGGACCGGGCUGAAACCGAACCCGAAUACGGCCUGAAGGUUUUCCUAGAUUGGGACGUGGGUGCGCCACUUGAGGUUAUAUACGAGGCGUAUGAGGGGGAGGAAGAAGGAGAAGAAUCACAAAACGACGCGUUUUGGAAGGCGGGAAUAGUAAAGAGGUACCCAUCACUUUCCCAGUAUUACCCGGAAUCCGAAUCGGAUUCGGGUUCGGAUUCGGAUUCAUAUUCGUAUAGUUCUUCGUCAUUAGAUGAAGAGGAAAGAGAGGGAUUAAUUGAGAUAGCUCUAGAUGAUUAUGGGUAUAAUUAUGGUGAUAAGAAGAUGAUUAACAUGCUAAUGAAGCCUAAAGCAGGAGAUCAGAAGGCAGUUUAUCAUAAUUUUGAUGACGAGGAUAAUUUAAUUGAGAUUGAUAUUUCUCCCACAAAAAAUGUCUGAUUUUCCUUGGUGAGUUUUAAUUUUUUAUUUUUUGGUGGGUGUAGUUGUAUAAUUUAUUUUUGGAGUUAAAUAAAAUUCUAGUACGGAAAUGAUGUUACAUGUUUUGCAUGUUUCUGUUAAUAUAUGCUAAUUAUUAACUACUAUAAUUAAUAUCUUGUUGAACGUCAACACUCAAUAGGGCUUCUAAUUUGAAAGGUAUUGUGUUAUUAGUUAAUUAACUUGUACUUUCAUAAUAGGGCUUCUAAUUUGAAAGGUAUUGUGUUAUUAGUUAAUUAACUUGUACUUUCAUAAUCAUCAUAAUUGAUAAAGUAAGGAUGUCCCAUCAUCAAAUGAAA